GUCGCGGGAAGGGAAACGGUUGGACAAGGAAGAAAAAAAAAAACCAGACAGAAACGAUCAAGGAAAAUGGCGGGUAACCUGUCUUACUCAACUCUCCUUAGCCAAACUUAUCUACUUUUCCCUUCCCACAAUCCUAGGAGAACCCUGAAUUCUUCUUUCUUCGUAAACAUCGAGAAGCCAGCUCUUACUCAUUGCUCCGCCAAGAAGAAAAUCGGAUUUGUGGAUCAAAUCCUCGAUUAUAUUGAAGGUUUAGUGUUUCUUUGUUUUCCUAUGUGCUUAGAUUGGAUAACACUUCUACAAUUUUGUUUUUUUGUGUGGUUGCAUUGGUUUAUAGGGGGUCCCAAGUUAAGGAAAUGGUAUGGGGCACCUGAACUAUUACCAAAAGAUGGAUCGGUUGUCGACGAGGAGGAGGAUUAUCCAGAGGAUGAAGUCAGGGAUGCAGUUUUAGUAACAGAUGGGGAUAGUGACAUUGGGCAGAUGGUGAUAUUAUCGUUGAUUGUCAAACGAACUCGAGUGAAAGCAAUUGUGAAGGACAAGCGUACAGCUAGUGAAGCCUUUGGAACUUAUGUUCAAUCAAUUUCUGGAGAUACAAGUAACAAGAUAUUUGUAAAGAAAGCUCUUCGAGGAGUUCGUGCAAUCAUAUGCCCAAAUGAAGGUUUCCUAUCUAGUGUUGAGAGCUUGAAAGGUGUUGAACAUAUAGUUCUCUUAUCUCAGUUGUCUAUUUAUAGAGCUAGCAGUGGCAUUCAAGCUCUCAUGACAAACAAUUCAAGAAAAUGGGCUGAGAAAGAUGAAUCAGUGCUGAUGGCUUCAGGAAUUCCAUACACCAUAAUUAGAGCAGGAAUGUUACAAAAUACUCCUGGAGCAACACAAGGUUUCAACUUUGAAGAGGGUCGUGCAGCAAAUGGAAAUCUUAGCAUGGAGGAUGGUGCAUCUAUAUGUGUGGAAGCACUUGAAGUUGUCCCGCAAACAAGAUUCACAUUUGAGGUCGUCAAUGGAGGAGAGAAGGUUUUGGAUUGGAAAGAGUGUUUGACUAGAUUAAUGGAGAAAGCAGAGCAGCAGCUGCCAUGAUCAUACUCGAGCAAAACAGAAAGUGAACCCCAUUUGUUUGUUUUGAAACCUUGUGCUCAGUAAGUUGGAUAGUAAAUUUGUUUGUCCUGCAUUUGGACUUCAAAAGUUUACAUUGAGGUUGGUCUACUGCAAUUCUUGCGUUGUAUUUUCUUACUAGUAUGAAUGCUGAUUUUGAGGGCAAACUGAAAGAUUUGACCUGAAGCAGCUAUGAUGAAGCUCACAGCAGGUUACAUGUUCAACAUCA